UUGAUCAUCUCUUUCUCCGGUUAAGGUCUCAGGACUUCUCAGAUUUGAAUUAUAUACAUGGGAAAUUGUUGUGCUAGCCCCGGUUCCGAAACCGGGAGUAAGAAUGGGAAACCAAAGAUCAAAAGUAACCCGUUUUACAGCGAGGCAUACACUACAAAUGGAUCUGGAACUGGCUUCAAGCUCUCUGUUUUGAAAGAUCCAACAGGGCAUGAUAUAUCUCUUAUGUAUGAUCUGGGGCGUGAGGUUGGUCGCGGAGAGUUUGGUAUUACAUACUUGUGCACUGAUAUCAAAACGGGCGAGAAGUAUGCUUGCAAGUCUAUAUCAAAGAAGAAGCUUAGAACAGCUGUGGAUAUAGAGGAUGUUAGAAGGGAAGUUGAGAUAAUGAAGCAUAUGCCUAAGCACCCGAAUAUCGUGUCGCUCAAGGAUGCCUUUGAGGACGAUGAUGCAGUGCAUAUAGUUAUGGAGUUGUGUGAAGGGGGUGAGCUUUUUGAUCGGAUUGUUGCAAGAGGUCAUUACACUGAACGAGCUGCUGCUGCAGUAAUGAAGACUAUUCUUGAAGUUGUUCAGAUAUGCCAUAAACAUGGAGUGAUGCAUCGGGAUCUAAAGCCGGAGAACUUUCUCUUUGCAAAUAAAAAAGAGACAUCAGCCCUUAAAGCCAUAGAUUUUGGAUUAUCAGUCUUCUUCAAGCCUGGUGAGGGAUUCAACGAGAUUGUUGGAAGUCCUUAUUACAUGGCACCAGAGGUACUUAGGCGAAAUUAUGGACCUGAGGUUGAUAUCUGGAGUGCUGGAGUUAUCCUUUAUAUCCUGCUCUGUGGUGUCCCACCAUUUUGGGCCGAGACUGAACAAGGGGUGGCUCAGGCAAUCAUUAGGUCAGUUAUCGACUUUAAGAGGGAUCCAUGGCCGAGAGUUUCUGAGACUGCCAAAGACCUUGUGAGGAAGAUGCUCGAACCUGACCCCAAAAAACGGCUUUCUGCUGCACAAGUACUCGAACAUUCUUGGAUACAAAAUGCAAAGAAGGCUCCAAAUGUUUCACUCGGCGAGACGGUGAAAGCAAGACUCAAACAGUUUUCUGUUAUGAACAAGCUCAAGAAAAGAGCGCUACGGGUGAUAGCCGAACACUUGUCAGUGGAGGAAGUAGCUGGCAUCAAGGAAGCAUUUGAGAUGAUGGACAGUAAAAAGACGGGAAAGAUAAACCUCGAGGAGCUUAAAUUUGGACUUCAUAAACUCGGACAGCAGCAGAUACCUGAUACUGAUCUACAGAUCCUGAUGGAAGCUGCUGAUGUAGAUGGGGAUGGAACUUUAAAUUAUGGCGAGUUUGUGGCUGUCUCUGUGCACCUUAAGAAGAUGGCGAACGAUGAACACUUGCAUAAGGCUUUUAACUUUUUUGACCAGAAUCAGAGUGAUUACAUAGAGAUUGAGGAGCUGCGUGAGGCUUUAAAUGAUGAGGUGGAUACUAGCAGUGAAGAAGUUAUUGCAGCUAUCAUGCAAGAUGUUGACACAGACAAGGAUGGACGAAUAAGCUAUGAAGAGUUUGCGGCAAUGAUGAAAGCUGGAACGGACUGGAGGAAAGCGUCGAGGCAGUAUUCCCGGGAAAGAUUCAACAGUUUGAGCCUCAAGUUAAUGAGGGAAGGUUCAUUGCAAUUAGAAGGCGAGAAUUGAGAAAGGUUCUUUGUUUCUGUAUCUCUUAAAGAAGUAAAAAGAAAAGAAAAAAACAGUAUUCUU